AAUGUUCAGAAAUUUGUCAGAUAUCUGGAUUUUUUUUGUUCUGAAAUGGAAAUACGAUAUAUCAUUUUAAUAAUCGUUAUCGCGGAGCUUUAACCGAGAUCAUUAUUUGUAAACAAAAAACUGAUCGUCAGGUGCUCGUAAGCAUGUUAGAAAUUUAAAAUUAUGUACUGUGAGUAGUAUGUCCAAAUCUCUUGUUGCGGAUUACGAAUCCACUAGUGAGGAAGAAGAUGAAGCUUGUUUAAAGUCUGGUAAAGAAACUCAUGUUGUUCCUUUGGCAUCAGCAACGGAGAUGCUUGACCAAAAUGGACCUAAUAUUUCAACUUCUGUGUUUACAAAUCCAUACAGAGAAGCUGCAAACUAUGAACAAGCUAUUUUAGAAAAGCAUGUCAAAAUGACAACUGUAAAAGAGCCAGAGUUCAGUCAGACUACAAAAGUUUGCUUCAAAUUUUUCAAAGGCAAGUGCAAACUUGGUGAUAAAUGCCGCUUUCGUCACCAUAAUACAACUAUAAUUAAUGAUUCUGAAAAUGAUGAAACUAUAGAUAAUAAACAAAAAAGAAAACGAUGUGGUUUGAAAGAUGACCUUGUACCUCCAAACAAAUAUAUGAAAAUUUAUAAUAAAUUAAAAAAGUAACUUUUCUCUCCAUUA